AGAUGAUUUACACUUUCUAUUUCCCCUUUUUGCAGUCAUGCAUGCGUGUCGUGUUGAAUGCGAGAUAAACUUCUGUUCUGCCUCCAAAUAUGAAUAAUAUCUGAGCGCGGAGCUGCAGGUGAAGCUGACAUCGUGAAGCUCAGACGAUCAUCAUUUCAUGAGCUUCUCUGAGUUGUCUCCAUCAUGGAGGCGAUGGGGAAAUAUGACUUCAGCGCCACAGCGGAGGACGAGCUGAGCUUCAGGAAGGGAGAUACAAUCAAGAUUUUAGGCACCAAUGAUGACUGGUUCAAAGCAGAAAUAAAUGGCAUGGAGGGAUUUGUUCCUCGGAAUUAUAUCAACAUCCACUUUCCAAGCUGGUAUCAGGAGAACACCAGCCGUCACUCAGCACAGGAAGAGCUGAUGUGUCAACCAAUCGGAUCCUUCCUCAUCCGAGGCUCCCAGAGUGCACCGGGAGAAUUCUCAAUUUCAGUCAGACAUGAGAGUGAUGUUCAGCACUUUAAAGUGAUGAGAGACCGGCGCGGUCAGUAUUUUCUGUGGAACGAGACCUUCAGCUCCCUCAACAGACUGGUGGAGUACUACACACACAACUCCAUCUCCAAGCAGAGCCGUGUGUUCCUGCUCACAGAGCAGCGGAAUGCACCUGAUUUCCCGCACAGGAAGUCUGCUGAGCUGCCGCCCAUCUCUCAGGAGAGACACAAUUACAGAACAUCAGCUCCAGCCUGUCCUCGCCCAGCUGAACCCUCGCCACCACCCCCACCACAGGCGUCUGCACUUCAGGUUCGGGCCAUGUAUGACUUCACUGCCCAGGACGCAGACGAGCUGAACUUUCACGCUGGAGAUCUUAUUGAGGUUUUAGAUCAGUCCGAUCGUUUCUGGUGGAAAGGUGUUCUGCGCGGGAGAACCGGACUCUUCCCGGUCAACUACACCAAUCCUGUCUGAGGAGCCGCGACAGACGUUUGGCUCAAAAUCCUUUUCACCUAUAAUAAUGAUUUAUGAACACAUUUAUAUUACAGACGUUUUUUUAACUGCUUACACACAAAAUAUUUUCUUCUCACACAAUUUCUAAAAAACUGACACUCAAACAGCAGAAGCACACACCAAAUCUACAAAACCAUUCACUAACUCUCAGACUUUGAUUCAGUUUUCAAUUUCAGAAAAAAAAAAUUUGUGAAACACAACACACAAUUCUUUAUGUAACACACAAAAAUCUAACAGUAUUUAAUAUCAAGGCAAACGUUUUUGCUUUUGAGAUGUGUUUGUGAUAUUUUGAAUGCAGUGCUUUAUUUCGCAAGAGAUGUGAGGGAUUUUGCAUUUUGUGUGUGCAGUUCUUGGAUUUGUGUGUAAAGAAAGAAAUGUGUGCAAGCAGAUGAAAAAAAAACUGUAACAGUUCUGUUUUUAAGAAACACAUGUUCACCUUGUAAUGUGUAGAGAACACACACCUUUAAAGCAUUGCUCUUCCUAUUGGCACAGAGAUUUGGAAAUAUUGUGUUUUUAGUUUGAGCACUUUUACAAACAAGUUUAUGAAUCUUUCAGAAUUGUUAUAAUCCUCUGCAUUUGGACUGUAUGAAAUGUUCCUGAGAGCCAUCCAAUAUUAAAUCCAUAUAUAUAACACAU